AUGUGGCAGUUGAGCGUUUCGUUGGUACGAGUGGUAACUCUGGCCAUUCUUCCCGUUUGCCUGCACUUCAUCAUCAAGACUUUACUCCGACCAUCCUUCUCAAAAUUACGACAUCUUCCAGGACCUAAGUCGGCCAUGCCUUGCGAAUACUCCGUGGGACCACUGUCUCGUCCAAGCAUUCGGAAGCUGUUCCCAACGUUUGUGACAUACUCUCGCAAAUUGAACGGUGAAAUCAAUGCCGCGAUCCAACAAAGCAGCGACGGCGUCUUGGAAAGUGUUUCGUUGGUUGGUCAAGAACUUCGAGACUUUCGCUCAAGGACCUCGCCUUUGUCAUUUGAGCAGUGCUACAAUGGUAUCUUAGCUCAGCCACUUGCCGGCCAGAUCAUAAGUUUCAUCAAUCCCUUCAUCCCACUCCGUUGGCUGCCUGUAUCCGCAAAUCUGAACUUUGUCAAGGCCAAAUCUGCGCUCAAGGGUAUGAUGACAGAACUAAUCGAGCAGCGGACAUCCGAGGUAGAAAAAGCAAAGGAGUUGGGUACAGACAGUGGAUUAUCGGACGAUUUGUUGACUAGGAUGAUUCAAGCGAGUUCUGUUGAGAACCAGAAGUUGUCUAAAGAUGAGUUGAUCGAUAUCACUAUGCAGGUCAUCGCGGCGGGGCACGAGACUACAGCCAGUGCCCUUCUGUGGACCACUUACGCCCUUUCCCAAGACCAGAAGUCACAGCAAAGAUUGAGGACUGAGACAAUUAAUCUCAGUGCCAACGACAUGACCGCCAAGUCGAUAGACGAACUUCCAUAUCUCGACAACGUCAUUAGAGAAGCUCUACGCCUGUACUCGCCAACCCUAAUCAUCCCAUGGGAGGCACUAGAGGAUAUCGAAAUAGCAGGCGUCAGGAUCCCAAAAGGGACCACGGUUCAGCUCGUUCCAGCCGUAACGCAGCUGAACCCCGAGAUCUGGGGUCUCGAUGUGGAAACUUUCAAUCCUGAUCGAUGGGAUCACCUUUCUGGCGAUUGCUUGAGCCCAUAUGCUAUGGAGACCUUCUCAAACGGGCCUCGCAUGUGUCCCGGAAAAGCGUUGGCUUUGCUCAAUAUGAAGGUCUUGUUGGUUGGGUUGAUCAAAGACUUUGAGAUCGAGAGUGCUGAGGAUAAGGAAGUGGAAUUCAGAAACCCGAGUUUGACUUUGAAGUCCAAGAGGCCACUUCAGUUCAAGGUGCAACGUAUUGGUGAAGCACCUUGA